UUGAUUGCUCUGACGUUGGUUCCAUCCUCACGCACUUCUGGGAAACCGCGUCUUCGGAUAGGAAACCGAGCCGGCCAUACAACCCAGGCGCAGGCGAUAGCAGUCGACACUUCCCCUCUGUAUCACCACAUGUCUCUCCUAUGCUACGUUUUGUUACCUACCUAACUAGACCACAUGAUACCAUCACAAAUUCUUCUUUGGAUCCAGCUUUGAUAUUUCCCAGCCUAUCGAGCAUGGACAAUGCUUGAUUGCGACAGAGUCUUCCGAGACUGUAAUUGUAUUUCGUCUUGUUCACCACCCAUUCCUGAUCCCGCACCGCACCUGGCCCACAAAGCAGCCGAGGACGUCUUCCGCAACCCAAUAAGUCCGUCUGUGGAGAGUCUCCGUCGUCAGCAAAGCAAGGCUGUCUACGCGAAGCAAGUUAGUAAAGCAAGGCUUCCUUCGGGCAAGAUUUCCCGUUCUCAGACAACAGCUGUCUCUGCCAGGAGGGCGAACGCACCCUUUCCAAUCUCUCUUACGACUUCCAUAGCCCAAGAACGGGAGGUGGAAAGGCUUCGCAAGCUGGUGGCAUCGGAUGCUCUUCAGCCCCUAAUACCGAAUUCUCGACAGCCAAACAGACAAUCAAUCCAAAGAACACCCCCUGUGUGGUACGUUGCAAUGAAAGACUCCGGAGAGGCCAAUUCCGGUUCGCCCAAUCCACAGGGCACCUUGGCCCAUCGGCAGCCCGACUUUGCUGAACCCAGUCGAUUGACAGGGUCUCGGAAUGUUUACACCAGGCCCGUUGUCGGGUUUUCAGGGUCCCCGGUCCGAUCCAAGCCCAUUCAUCCUCAGGGCCGCCGCCAGACGCCGCCUACUUCUAGUCCAUUCAAACAUCGGGAAUUCCCUGUCAUUGCCAUACCGGAGCCUUCCCACUCUUUCCACCGCCGCGAAUUGGUAUCUUCCCACGAGAGAAGAUUCGGCGUCGCUGACCCGCAGCUGUAGGAGGCUGUUCGCCGAAGUCUUUCACAGCAGAGUCAGGUGUCUCUUCUUGCAUCGCCAUCCAAAAGGAUAUCAAACCGAUCUUUGGAAGCACCUCAGCCGCCUUCUCGGACUUCAAGUCGCCGGCGAGAGGUGGAUCGUUUCGCCCGACAACUUGAACUUUAUGU